AUGGAACAAACUUAUGUGGAUGUUUUUACAAUAGGAGAGAAAUCAGAGAAUAAUUUUAUAAUAAAUAAUGUUCAAAAUGGAAGAUUGUUUGGGGAUGGUGAACUUCGUUUUACAGAAACAAUAUCAGUUAAUAUGUCAAUUUUUCGUAAUAAAAAAAUUUUUGAAAAUUUUUCUAAAGCAAAUACACCUUCUAAACGCAAACUGUCGUCACAAUCAUCCACCUCAUUAUCAUCAAUAUUUUCACAUCUAGCAAAUAAAAACUAUGCCAAUAAGGGAGGUAUAUUAAGUUCUACCUCCAGUAGAAGAAAUUCAAAUAGUGAUUCACCUAAUAAUUUAACAUCAUCUCUUUCUGCUUUACCACACAUUUGCAUAAUUUUUAAACUUGAUGAUGAAAUAAUUUAUCAAUCUGAUGCAACAACAUACUCUGACAGCAUAAUAUUACGUGAGACAUUUUCUACAGAAAUUCAAAAAAACUUUCGUUUGUUCCAUAUUGUGUUUGCUGAGAUAUCCUCUUCAUCCAAUGAUGCAACACCAAUGCCCUUAGGUUUAAUUUCUUUACGUAGAAGAGAUAUUGCCAAAUUUUCAAACGAAGAAAGGUGGUUUACAAUAAGACCUAUUUCUAGAGCAGAAUAUGUUUCAACACACCAAAAUAGAAAAUUAGGAAUUAAAGGAAUAGAAAAUCAAGAUAUCUUACGUGAUAUAUGUGGUAGUGUUUAUUUAAAUAUUUCAUAUAAUGAAACUAUGAAAUGUCUUCAAAUAAGAGUUCUUGAUUAUUGUCCUACUAGAACGAGAGAAGCAUCCAACUCAACACAACAACAACACUCUUCCAGUAGUAAUAAACCUUUUCAAUUUUUAGACAGUGGAAGUAAAAUUUGUAAAACAAAAUAUCUAAAAGUAUCAUCUGACCGAAAAUCGGAAGUUAUAAAUUUAGAUUGUGAUAUUCAUUCAUUAACUAAAAGCAUUUCAACUAACCAAGAGUUAGUUGAUAUUUUAGAAGUUAGUGGUGAUAUGUCAACAUCUUUUUCUUACAAUAUUACAUCAACUCAUACUCAAGAUCCGCAAUUACGUAUUACCAUAAAACAUGAUACUCAUCAAUCAACAUCAUCUUUAGAUAACUCUUUAUCUGAUAAUUGUGGUAAUAUUAAUAAUCAAAGUAAUGAUAUUUUUCCGGUACAUGGAUCAUUAAGAAUUCCAUUAAAUGAAAAAACAUUUCUACCAAAAUAUAAAGGACCUGGUAGUCAUUGGUAUUAUAUUAAAGAACGUUUACCACCAUUUCAAAGUACUCCAGCAAGUAUACCAGAUAAUAAUGUUAUGAUGAAUAAAUAUGCUCUUGGUCAUGUUAAAAUGAAAGUAUGCCUAUCUGUUGAUCAUGUUUUAAAACUUGGAACUUAUAAACCAUUACAUGAAUUAUUACAAAAUAAAUUAUCUGGUAAUUUAGGUUCAAAAAUAGCUCUUGAAUUUAUAUUAUUACUACAACAUUUAUCUCUUGAUCAAGAAAAAUUAUGUAAAUCAUUAAUGAAAAUAAUGUUAUACUCUGGACAUAUAAAAAAUUUUAUCAAAACAUUACUUGCACAGUAUUUAUCAUUAGAACAUGAUAUAAAUACAUUAUUUAGAAGUCAAACAAUGACAACAAAAGUUAUUCAUGAAUUAAUGAGAUUUGUUGGAAAAUCAUAUUUAAGAAAUACUUUAAAAAAUCUUAUUGAUACUAUUUCAAGAGAAAAAAAAUGUUGUGAAGUUGAUCCAGCCAAAAUAAAACAUAAAGAUGAAUUAGAUAUCAAUGUUCAAAAUUUAACAUUAUACGCUGAAUUAUUAUUUACUGAUAUGGUUGAAAGUAGAAGUAAAUGCCCUUCUUUAUUACAAGAAAUAUUUAAUGAUCUCAAAGAAAUGGUUCUUCAAUACUAUCCAAAUCGAAUUGAUGUUCAAAGAUUAGCAAUAAGUAGUUUCUUAGUAAUGCGUUUUUUUGCUACUGCUGUUCUAAAUCCAAGACAAUACUCAUUGAUAAAUGAUCAACCAGAAGGUGAUGUAAAUAGAACAUUAUUAUUAGUUUCUAAAAUUUUACAAAAAAUUACUAAUAGUGUAGUUUCUGGAAGAUCAUUAAUUAAUAAAGAACCUUGGUUAACACCUAUAUUAAAUCGAUUUGAAGAUGAAAGUCACAAAAAAUUAAUGAUUAAAUUUUUUGAUACUAUUUGUGAACCAAAAAUUAAUACUUUAAUUGAAGAAAAACCUAAAGAAAAUAAUGAUGUUUUGAAGGAUGGAUAUGUUGUUGAGAGACAUAAUUAUAAUGAUGGUUUUAAAAAUUUAAAACGUUUUAUCUCCACUAAACAUAGAUAUUUAGUUCUCCAUCAAAAUGCUUUAUCUUGGCAAAAAAAGAAAGAUACCGGUGAAUGUGAAUUAAAAGGUUUAGUAUGUUUGGAAGAUAUUAAGGCAGUAGGGAUUUUAUCAGAUGAUGAAAAUGUAUUUAAAAUUUCAACAAUCAAUCGAGAGGUACAUUUUCAAACUAAAACAACAACAGAAAGAAAUGAAUGGCUUAUUCAUAUUAAAAAACAACAACAUAGAAAAACGAAAAGAACGACGACACAAAAUGAUGUCACUGAAAUAGCAGAAAUUGAUAUUGAAAGAGAAAUCGAGUGUAUUCAUAGUUUAUUGUACAAAAAGUAUAAUGAAAUUAAACAAUUUGCCAUUGUUUGUGAAACUAUUCCUCUAAAAUCGGAAUCAAAUAAUAUGCAAUUACAUGAUAAAUUUUUACAUGAUAAUCUUCCAGAACAAAUAAUUUUACAAUUAAAACUUGAUUCAUCAAAUGAGAAUGCCAUUGAAAAUUGUAAAUCUUUCUCUGAGACAUGUUUUCAAUUACUAUCAAUAAUAGAAAAAAUAGAAAAAAAACAUUCUUCAGCACUAUCAAAAGUAUUUGAAAAUUCAAAUGGUUCAGUUGACCGAACAAAAGAUGAUUUUUUUGAUGAUGAAAAUUAUUUACUUUUGGCAUCAAGAGUAAAACAAAAUACUUAG